AAUGCCCGGAAAUAAAUGUCACAUGGUGUAAACAAGGUGCAAAGUCGUAUUUGCAGGAAGAGGGGUUCAUCACGUCUUGUAACCAUGGAGAAGGACAGUGGAAUGAGGUCAGAGUUUCAGUCCGUCAUUGGGGUAGAUACUCAUGUGCUCAAAUUUGGAGAAUUACCUCCCCCAAGUCAGCACACAGCCUUGUUAUUUCUCAUCAUACCAGGUAACCCUGGUAUCAUCGAAUACUACGAGGAGUUCAUGAGAACACUGUACCAUCUGAGUAACUGUCAGACCCCAGUGUGGGGCAUUGCCCACGCAGGACAUGUGUCUCUUCACAACCGCACAUCAAGUUUAACCGAUCUAGUUCAGAUGCCCCCCGAUGAAUUCAGCCUUCAGGGUCAGAUACGUCACAAGAUCGCAUUUGUUAGACAAAAUGUGCCAGAGCAUGUGAAGAUCGUCAUGAUAGGCCAUUCCAUUGGCUGCUACAUAGGUCUCAAGAUGAUGGACUCUCUUCAAGACCACCAUGUGUUACGGUGUUUCAUGCUCUUCCCCACGAUCGAGCGCAUGGCCGUGUCACCUCGUGGUCUCUAUGCAACACCGUUUCUGCGCUAUUUCCGCUGGAUGGGAGUGUUGGCGUCCAAGUUCCUCUCCUACUUCUCCCCCCACAUGCAGUACAGACUCAUCCUCCGCUUCUUCAAGAACAGAAAAGCUCCAGAAUGUGCCCUCAAUGCUUCCAUGAACCUGUUCGACCCAUGUUGUGUAAAUAACUUCACGUUCAUGGCUCUGCAAGAAAUGGACGAAGUCACGAAACUGCCAAAAGAACUUAUCAAGAGAUAUUUAUCCAAACUAAGCUUUUACUAUGGUUCAUCUGACCAUUGGUGUCCCAAGGAAUAUUUCUACCAGAUGAAGAAGCGAUUUCCGCAUGCCGAUCUCCGAUUGUGUGAGCAUGGCUACUCACAUGCAUUUAUACUGGAUGCCAGCGAGGAGAUUGCUUACACAGUGUGGAACUGGCUGCAGGGAGAUUUGCACAAACUCAACGAUUGAAGAUAUGACCACAAACAUUGACAGCUUUGUACGCUCCCUAGAAGCAGAGAACUGAGAAGAAUGAUGAAGUAUGGUUUGACUGUGAUCAAUUUUAUGUUCAUAAUUGCCUUUGUUUAUGCAUUUAUUUAUUUAUUUAGAUAUUAAAGUCUAGCAUUUCUUCAGUUGUUGCAUAGUUGAACUGAAGGAAGUUGAGCAUGUUAGAAGUGAUGUGUCAUUCUUGGGGCUUAAAUGAUCAUUUUCAAACUGAACAGCUGAAUGCUGACAAGUAUUUUUUGUAUAAUGAUUAUAUUUGAUAAUACUAGUUGUAUAAUACUAGAUAAUUAAAAAUUGACUUCAAUAUUUUUGCAUUUAUGGAGGUAUAAACGUUAAAACCCGUGUGCAUGC